AAGUACUUUCUAGCAAUACAAUUCUUCUCUCAAGUUUCAGCAUUUUGCAAGGAGUUUAUAAGAUACCACGAACUCUGAUACCACUCUUAGCUCAAAUUGCACUUUCAAAAUUGUUUUACCAGUGGGCAGCGAUUGAGGAAUCUUACUCGCGCGGGCAUGUAAAUUCGUUCAUUCAUUGUUACUCAAAAAAUGCAACGUUUAAAUUUACUCCCUGCCACGUGACUCCAAAACAGCCAAUAAGAGUGCUCAAUAGAUCCUAAGAAAUAUAGUAGAUAAAGGACAAUAAUGCGUGUGACUCAGUGUUAGUGCCGAGGAGUCUUGCUGAGCCUGAGACUGGCUUAGCUAACAUAAUUGAGGUCUUUUAUUCCCAUCAUCGUUCGUCUAGUUCAACUUUCAACCAAAUUCAAAAUGUCUUCGCUGGAUACCACGACCUCUCACCUAAGUUCUGGCAGCACCAUGAAUAUUGUAGAAAACGAAGUCGUCGAAGAAGAAGAUAAUUUGCCUCAAAACGCUUCAACAGAUGACAAGGUAUUUCAGGAUAAAAGUCUUGCUUGGGGAUGGAGAAGUUUUAAACCAUCUUGGCUGCAAUGGCUGAAUUCACCGAACUGGUUUGUGUUCUUCCUAUGUUGGUUCACGUUUUUGCAAGGGAUGGCAGUCAACUCAUUCGUCAACCUUGCCCUACCAACUCUCGAAAAGCGCUUCAAACUCAACAGUAAAUUAACUGGUUUCAUCAUCUCGUCCAAUGACAUUACAGCGUUAAUUCUGGUCAUGUUUGUCAGUUUCUUCGGGAGCUACGGACACAAGACCAAGUGGCUUGGCUAUGGCUCUGUAGUUACUGGAAUUGCUGCGUUAACAUUUACAAUUCCGAAGUUCUUGGUCGGCAAAUACCGACCAGCCGACUUACGAUCAGCAGGUAGUUCGUUGUGUUUUUUAAACGCCACAUCACUUCAAGCCAAAGAGUGUAACGGAGACUCCAGCUCUGCCAGUCUGUACUACAUGUUCUUCAUCUUAUCUCAGCUUCUAGCCGGGGCUGGUACGACCUCUUUGUUUACAUUAGGACCAGCUUAUAUAGAUGAAAACGUGCACCCGAAGAAGAUGUCCUGGUAUCUGGGAGUCUUUUAUCUCUCUUUUUUUCUCGGUCCUAGCAUUGGUUCAAUACUUGGUGGACAACUGCUAUCGAUUCAUGUUGAUUUGUUUCUGCGCGAAGGUUUCAACCUCACUCCCACAGAUCCACGCUGGAUCGGCAACUGGUGGCUGGGUUCAUUCGUCUGUGGAUUCAUUUUGGUUUUAUUAGGAUGUAUCUUGCUUGGUUUCCCCUCGAUACUCCCAGGUUCUGUUGAAAUGAGGAAAAAAGCAAUAAAAAAAGGCUACAUCAAAGAAGACAAAGAAGAACUGACAGGCAGCCUGAAGAAGAUCUUGCCUUCAAUUAAGUCACUAUUUACGAACUGGACUUACUUAUUUCAGGCGCUAGGCUCGACAUUCAGUACACUAAUUGGUCUUGGUGUUGGUCCGUUCUUCUAUAAACUUCUUACUGGUAAAUACGGAGCAUCAUUAACAGAGGCAGGCAUUGGCAUAGCAAUCAUUCUUCUACCUGGCUCAGCUGCGGGAAUAUUUAUUGGAUCCUUCGUUACCAAGAAAGUCGGAGUUCGUGACUCCUGUAAACGGGCUGCAAAAGUAACGUUUCUUCUACAACUGGUUGGGGUUUGGGGUUCGUUGAAUUUUCUAAUUCCAGGAUGUGAUUAUGACAAGUACGCAGGCGUGGAUGUGGGAUACAGAAACAGUUCUAUUGGCAAACUCUCCUUAGAAGACCAGUGCAGCUCAAGGUGCCAUUGUUCUACUUCAAGGUUUAGACCUGUUUGCGCACCCAAUGGUAUCAACUAUUAUUCUCCUUGCUUCGCAGGAUGUACUCAACAUAUUCCUGGUAAGGUGAGGUAAACGUUUACUGCGCCGCACUUUUU